UCCGCGCUACCGCCAGCGCUCUGGGAGUUCCACGCUGCGGCCGCUCCGAGCAAUGAUUAACCUGGCGGGGCGGCCGGCGCGGGGCCCGGGGCGGAGGCGUGGGGCCGGGGCGGGACCCUGGAGGGCCGCUCGGCUUCCUGCUUUUGCCCAAGUCUCCUCGUAGAGGGCGCCGCAACGGCCGGGGCCCGCGGCGCGGCGCGGCGUGGCGCAGGGCGAGGUGCCGGGCGCGCGUGGGCGCGGAGCCUGUCGCCGGGGUCACCAUGAGGACUCUCCGCAGGUUGAAGUUCAUGAGUUCGCCCAGCCUCAGUGACCUGGGCAAGAGAGAGCCGGCCGCCGCCGCGGACGAGCGGGGCACGCAGCAGCGCCGGGCUUGCGCCAACGCCACCUGGAACAGCAUCCACAACGGGGUGAUCGCCGUCUUCCAGCGCAAGGGGCUGCCCGACCAGGAGCUUUUCAGCCUCAACGAGGGCGUCCGGCAGCUGCUGAAGACGGAGCUGGGGUCCUUCUUCACGGAGUACCUGCAGAACCAGCUGCUGACAAAAGGCAUGGUGAUCCUGCGAGACAAGAUCCGCUUCUACGAAGGACAGAAGCUGCUGGAUUCGCUGGCAGAGACCUGGGACUUCUUCUUCAGCGACGUGCUGCCCACGCUGCAGGCCGUCUUCUAUCCGGUGCAGGGCAAGGAGCCGUCGGUGCGCCAGCUGGCUCUGCUGCACUUCCGGAACAUCAUCACCCUCAGUGUGAAGCUGGAGGACGCGCUGGCCCGGGCCCACGCCCGCGUGCCCCCCGCCGUCGUGCAGAUGCUGCUGGUGCUGCAGGGGGUGCACGAGUCCCGGGGAGUGACCAAGGACUACCUGCGCCUGGAGACGCUGAUCCAGAAGGUGGUGUCGCCCUACCUGGGCACCUACGGCCUCUACUCCAGCGAGGGUGCCUUCACACACUCCUGCAUCCUGGAGAAGCACUUCCUGCGCCGCUCCCGAUCGGGGGACAUCCUGGCCAAGAACCCGGUGGUGCGGUCCAAGAGCUACAACACGCCGCUGCUGAACCCCGUGGCGGAGCACGAGGCCGAGGGCACGGUGGCCGGCGGCACAGGCAUCCGCAGGCACUCGGUCUCCGAGAUGACGUCCUGCCCCGAGCCCCAGGGCUUUGCUGACACACCCGGCCAGGACCCUGCUGGGACCUUCAGACCUUCCCCGGCGCCCCCCUCGGGGCCCUGCCCCAGCAGACUGUACCCCCCGGCGCAGCCCCCUGAGCCUGGCCCAGGUCCGGCCCGCAGCUCCCCGGCCUCCUCCAGCCCCGAGAACCUGGUGGACCAGAUCCUGGAGUCGGUCGACUCGGAUUCGGAAGGGAUCUUCAUUGACUUUGGCCGGGGCGGUGGCCGUGGCACUUCUGAGUCUGAGGGGGCAGGGGGCCGGCAGAGCGUCGUGUGACCCAGGCCUUGUGUUUUUACUGCCUGUGCGGUGCGUGAGUGCGAGAGUUUUCUACUCUGUCCCGUCCAGUCCCCUGUCGGCCUCCGCCACUGUGGCAUUCCUGAGUCUUUGUGGAAAAGACCGUCGCCGCCCGAGACCCCGGCGCCUUUGUUCUGGGGCGUCAGGGGCUCAGCAGGAGCAGGGCAGCCUCCUGUGCGGGGAGCAGGCCCGGCCGUUCCCUGCGCCCCAGCCUGCUCUGCCCUCCAGUGUCCGCACCAUGGAGACUGUGAGCCCCUCAGCUCGGCCAGGCCCCCAGAGUGACCCCCAGGGUCAGUGGCAGAACUGCCUCCCCGCCCCCCGCUCGCCUCGGGCCACAGCGUGACCUCCUGUGUGCACUUCUGUCCCAGACCCUCCACGCAGCCUGUCCUCGCUCGGCCUGGGGUGGCCGUGGGCGGGGAGCGGGUGGAAUAAAGCUUGUCUGCCCAGCUCUGGAGCUGUG